ACACUUAAACCACCACCAACUAUAUAUAUCUCUAUGCCUUUCAAACAAAGUACGUAUCCUAAACAAAAAACUACUUUCACUUCAUACCAUAAUCACAUCUCUAAUGGAAGAAACAGGAAUCACUCAGUCGACAAAGAGAAUUGCCGUUGUAACCGGAUCCAACAAAGGAAUUGGGCUAGAGAUAUGUAGACAACUAGCUUCUAAUGGUGUUACAGUAAUAUUAACAGCAAGAGAUGAAAAUCGGGGUCUUGAAGCUGUACGAAAUCUCAAAGCUUCUGGGCUAUUUGAUAUACUUUUCCAUCAGCUUGAUGUGACAAAUCAAACCAGUAUUGCUUUCUUGGCUGAGUUCAUCAAAACCAAAUUCAAGAAGCUUGACAUAUUGAUAAAUAAUGCAGGAGUUGGUGACUUUGAUGCUCUUGUAGGUCCAAAUGCAAAAAAGGGCGAAAUAUUCAAGCAAAGUUUGGAGGGGGCAGAAGCUUGCCUGAGAACAAACUAUUAUGGGGCAAAGCUUUUGACUGAAGAACUUAUCCCACUGCUUCAACAAUCAGACUCUCCCAAAAUAGUUAAUGUUUCUUCCUCCUUUGGAAAAUUGCAGUAUGUUUCAAACGAAAAGGCUAAGGAAACGCUAAGCGAAAUUGAUGGCCUCACAGUAGAGAAGGUGGAUGAGGUGGUUAAGUGGUAUUAUGAGGAUUUGAGGGAAGAUUUGCUGGAAACAAAAGGGUGGCCUCUCGAGUUUUCUGCUUACAAAGUGUCCAAAGCAGCUCUCAUUGGCUACACUCGGGUUAUGGCAAAGAAUUAUCCCAAGAUUGCCAUAAAUGCGGUGUGUCCUGGUUACGUGAAAACAGACCUCAACUAUAACACUGGGAUCUAUACUGUUGAGCAAGGUGCUAAAGGACAGGUGAUGCUGGCUUUGCUUCCUCAUGGUGGGCCCUCUGGCUUGUUUUAUAGUCAGACGGAAGUAUCAACUUUUUCUAAAAUCAAGUGGCAACUCCAAAAAUUUAAGAUACGCCGCAAUGGGUAUCUCUUGAGCAUGGUUGCCGCAAUAGAUUCCGAUCCUGAUCUUGAUCUUGAUGCUUGCCCAUCUUCUUCCCCAUUCCAUUCCCCACGGAAAUCAUUGAAAAUCGAUUUGGAAAGCAUCCAAUCCCAAAGGGGCGUUUGUAUACGGGGAGGAAUCCAGUGCUUAUGCCGGGCUUGCAGAGACGAAAGCUUGUGCCUCUUCAAACUACUAGAAAAAUGGGCAGACUACAAGGAGAGUGAACGAGAGAAGAAAAGACUUACUUAUUUUUUGCGGCAUUGUAAGAAUUUGACUACGUCUAGCCAGGACAUCUUUAAAGUCGUAGGGCUUGUCCGAUUAGGGUACAACCACGGUAUGUUGGAUUCCCUUCUUGGCUUAUACAUGCUUGUUUUUACUUUGUCUUUCAGGGUUGCUAUUGUUACUGGAUCCAACAAAGGAAUUGGGCUUGAAAUUUGCCAACAGUUAGCUUCUAAUGGGAUAACGGUGAUAUUAACAGCAAGAGAUGAAAAUCGGGGUCUUGAAGCCGUGCGAAAUCUCAAAGCUUAUGGGCUAUCUGACAUACUCUUUCAUCAACUUGACGUCACAAACCAAGCCAGUGUUGCUUCCUUGGCUGAGUUCAUCAAAACCAAAUUCAACAAGCUCGACAUAUUGGUGAAUAAUGCAGGAAUUGGUGGAACUGUAAUUGAUCCAGAGGCUCGAAAGGGUAUAAAAAUUGGGAUCCAUCACCUUGUAGGUGGUCCAGAUUCGAAACUAAAGAAAGAAAUGUUCAAGAAAGAUCUUGGAGUGGCGGAAGCUUGUCUGAAAACAAAUUAUUAUGGAGUCAAGCUUGUGACGGAAGAGCUUAUUCCACUUCUUCAACUAUCGGACUCUCCUAGAAUAGUCAAUAUCUCCUCCUCCAUGGGACAAUUGAAGCUUAUUUCCCACGAAAAUGCUAAGAAGGAGCUGACCAAUGUUGAUGGCCUCACAGUAGAGAAAGUGGAUGAGUUGGUUGAGGAGUUUCUUGAGGAUUAUAAGGAGGAUUUGGUUGAAACAAAAGGAUGGCCCGCCAAUUUUGCUCCUUACAUCGUGUCCAAGGCAGCACUCAAUGGCUACACAAGGGUUAUGGCAAGGAAUUACCCUCAUAUUCCCAUAAAUGCGGUGUGCCCUGGUUAUGUGAAAACAGACCUUAACUAUAAUAGCGGCAUAUUGACUGUAGAACAGGGUGCAAAAGGGCCUAUGAUGUUGGCUUUGUUUUCUGGUCAUGGGCCCUCUGGCUUGUUUUAUAGUCAGAUGAAAGUAUCAACUUUUACUGAGGACAGGGGUGGUGGCGGGAAGUCUCAUCUUCUUGGGAGGGAGGUCCUGCAGUCUGAGAAGAUAGAUCAGGAUCCUUUUCCAACGGAUACAACUUUUCAUACUUCCUUUCAUCAAAGAAGUAAUAAAGCAUCUUACAACCUUACACUUGAAUGCUUUCUAUACCAUGUUUACUUGGAUAUUGAUCCCCCAAUGGAACAAGCAGGGAUCGCUCAAUCAACAAAGAGGGUUGCUAUUGUUACCGGAUCCAACAAAGGAAUUGGGCUUGAAAUAUGCAGACAGUUAGCUUCAAAUGGGGUGACUGUGAUAUUAACAGCAAGAGAUGAGAACCGGGGUCUUGAAGCCGUGCAAAAUCUCAAAGCUUCUGGACUAUCUGAUAUACUUUUUCAUCAACUUGACGUCACAAACCAAGCCAGUGUUGCUUCCUUGGCAGAGUUCAUCAAAACCAAAUUCAACAAGCUCAACAUAUUGGUGAAUAAUGCAGGAAUUAAUGGAACUGUAAUUGACCCAGAGUUUCGAAAGGAUAUAAAAAUUGGGAUCGAGGAACUUGUAGGUGGUCCAAAUUCGAAACUGAAGCCAGAAAUGUUCAAGAAAGAUUUUGGAGUGGCUGAAGCUUGUCUGAAAACAAAUUAUUAUGGAGUCAAGCUUGUGACAGAAGAGCUUAUUCCACUUCUUCAACUAUCGGACUCUCCUAGAAUAGUCAAUAUCUCCUCCUCCAUGGGACAAUUGAAGCUUAUGUCCCACGAAAAUGCGAAGAAGGAGCUGACCAAUGUUGAUGGCCUCACAGUAGAGAAAGUGGAUGAGUUGGUUGAGGAGUUUCUUGAGGAUUAUAAGGAGGAUUUGGUUGAAACAAAAGGAUGGCCCGCCAAUUUUGCUCCUUACAUCGUGUCCAAGGCAGCACUCAAUGGCUACACAAGGGUUAUGGCAAGGAAUUACCCUCAUAUUCCCAUAAAUGCGGUGUGCCCUGGUUAUGUGAAAACAGACAUCAACCUUAAUUGUGGCAUAUUGACGGUAGAACAGGGUGCAAAAGGGCCUGUGAUGUUGGCUUUGGUUCCUGGUCCUGGGCCCUCUGGCUUGUUUUAUAGUCAGAUGGAAAUAUCAACUUUUUGAAGCUUGUUUUAUAGUCAGAUGGAAGUAUCAGCUUCUUGAAUAAAAGAAUGUAUUUGAGCUUAGGAAGUUAACAUCAUUAUAUAUUCACCUUUCAUGUAUCCAUGCCAGGAACAGAGCGCCAAGAAUAAAGCUUGUAACUAUUCAUCUAUGAAAUGCUCGAAACACAUACUAGUACAUCUUUUCAAGCAAAACAA